AUGACUACCGACACGACGACGUGUAACCAUCAUAGGCCUUCUAGACCUGCCUCCGGAAUUCCCAAAUCUCUUUGCGGAGUACGCUGUCCCAAAGACCUGGGACCCUUCCGCUUGACAUGUCGAGACCUCUAUGACCACACAUCUGAUGCCUUCACAAGAAGCCUCAAUGCUCGCCAAUGGGACAUCACCGACGUGAGUAAAAUUCGGGCACUCGAACAACUCGCCAGGCAUCCUCAGCUCGGGCACCGCGUCAAAACGAUAUGCAUCGAUCCAAAGUUCGUUGGCAAGACUGGCUUAAAGUACCUGAAGUCCAGGGCACUGAACCCGUUCCCGCCUGGCUCCGGAACAUCUAUCGACUGGCCAGAGAACGCAAAUGCCACGCACAUGGCCAAUGCUAUGGUCGCGCUGACAAGGCUGCGUCACAUCGAGAUCGGGAAUCUACCUGGACUACAGCCUGCAGCCUCUCCUUCCGGCGCGGUCAUGCUCACGAGACUCUUCAUAGACAUGCUCUACUCCAUAGCCUCGGCUUCACUGAGAUUGGAGAGUCUCUCGGCUGUCCACUACUGCACGAAUUACGGCAACCCUCUGUUGAUGUGCGUUAAUCUUCCACUGUUGCCCGAAAUACAUGAGGAGAUGCCUUUAGGCAACGCGCUGAGAAGGGCUUUCGCCACUUUAAAAGUACUGAGGCUCGGGCUGGACUCAUUUUGCCGACGCGGACAGACUGUACCAGAACAAUGGCUCAGCAGGUUCCUCACAUUGAUGCCGGCAUUGCAGGAGCGCUACAUUUGGUGCUACGAGACCGCACCUCUCGCCGCUUCAGAUGGCACACUGCAUCAUCUCCUAGAAAGACCGCGAAGCUGGACGUGGCGAGUGCUUCGAAGCUUCUGUGCUGCCACCUUGCCGACCUUGAGGCGAUUCGAGCUUUCGAACGCAGUUGUGCCUGCGACUGAUCUCAUGCAAUGGUUGCGAAACCACGUCGCAGGGUUGACGUAUUUAUCAUUACGUCGUGUGUCUCUGAGGAACGAGCUAUCCGACCGCUCAUGGAACGACAUCUUAGACUCCAUCAAUCAGCACGCUUCCGCGUUUCUGGCGGCCAGGCUAUCUUGUCUGUAUGAGCCUAGCGGAGAAGCGGUCAGUUUUGACCAGACGAACAUGUCGCUUAGAGGCGACCAUGGGAAUCACACUCAAGGCAUCCCGUUGGUCCAUGGCUGGGCCUGCCUGGCUCCGACGAAAUACGCUGACGAUCUUCGAGAGCCCAACGUCUUGGACAAGGAACGUUGGCCGCUCAACUUCGAGAAGGCGUCUGGUGUCGAGGAUACGCCAGAUGUUGUCACGUGGGAACAGUCUCGUCCUACGGUGGAGUUGAGAACGGGCGCUCUGGAUGCUUCCAAAAAGCCACCCGAAGAGCAUGUGAGUCUCGCAGACGUUCCAUCAAACUCAGGCAGUCCUUCGGAUUUGAAGUGUCUGGCAGUUUGUUACACCAAAGGCGGCUUGGAAGGCCGACUCAAAGAGAGAGUGAAUGAGUAUCACGACCACCUUCAGUUCGCCAUGUCAACGACUACCAUUCAAGCCUUCCCAUUUCACAGAAGUGUGGCAGCUCUCUAA